AUGCUUGAGAGCAAGCAGGCCAGGAUCGCGGUAAUCGGUCUGGGUUAUGUCGGCUUGCCGCUUGCCGUAACCGUCGCGUUGCGAGGGUUUUCCGUUACGGGUUUUGACAUCGACGCCGACAAGAUCAGUCGAUUGGAGGAAGAAAGGAGCUACAUCGACGCAGUGACAGACGAGAUGCUCAAUGAGGCCUCUCGGAUCGGAUCUGUGAACUGGACGACCGAUUUUUCAGGGUUGGCGAAAUGCGACGUCAUCGUCAUUUGUGUCCCGACACCUCUCACGCGCCAUCGCGAACCAGAUCUGUCCUACGUUGAAGAUACGGCAAAGGUCAUUGCGCAAAACAUGCUGGAGGGGACCCUGGUUGUUCUUGAGUCCACGACUUUCCCCGGGACAACAAAGGAAGUUCUUACACCGGUUCUGGCCUCAGGUGGCCUUUGUCCCGGCAAAGAUUUCUGGGUUGCCUUCAGCCCGGAACGAGAGGAUCCCGGCAACAAGGAUUAUCGCACGCAUUCCAUUCCGAAGAUCGUUGGCGGCGAUUCUGAAAUCUCACGGAAAUUGGCCGUCUCUUUUUACAGCAAAGUCGUGGACGAGGUUGUGCCCGUUUCGACGACCAGCACCGCCGAAGCAGUAAAGAUCACGGAAAACAUUUUUCGAGCGGUCAACAUCGCGCUCGUGAACGAACUGAAGGUGAUCUACGACGCGAUGGGAAUAGACGUCUGGGAAGUGAUCGACGGCGCGUCAACCAAACCAUUCGGCUUCAUGCCUUUCUACCCCGGGCCGGGUUUGGGAGGGCAUUGCAUCCCCAUCGACCCGUUUUAUCUGACCUGGAAGGCCCGCGAAUUCGGCCACACCACCCGGUUCAUUGAGCUAGCCGGCGAGAUCAACGUCAACAUGCCUCAGUUUGUCAUUUCGAAGUUGCGUGAGGUCCUGGAUCUGAAGUGCGGGAAGGGACUCUCGACCUCACGGAUAUUGCUUGUUGGAAUAAGCUACAAGAAGAAUGUGCCGGACAUGCGGGAAAGCCCGUCAGUCACGUUGAUGGACAUGAUGCUGAAAAGCGGGGCGGAAGUUGAUUUUCUUGAUCCUCAUAUCGACAGAAUCCCGGCCAUGAGAGAGUUUGCUCAUCUUCUUGGACGGGAAUCCGUAAGCUCUGUGGAAGUCGGGGACGCAGACUACGACGCCAUUCUGAUUUCAACGGAUCAUGAUGCAAUUGACUAUGAAGCGCUGAUCCGCCUGAACGUACCGAUCGUUGAUACACGAAACGCCAUUGCCCGGCGGGGUCUGCCGACUGAAAUGGUCUCAAAAGCCUGA